AUGAAUCUGGAGCAUUGGGGUUUUGGCGUGAAGGCAUUAAAGAGAGAUUUGGCUGUUGAUGUUUUAAUUGGAUUUGCUGAGUUAUUGAAAUCAAGGGGUAAAACAACAGCAAGGAGAUCAAGGGUACAAAAACGUAAAAGGGGAAAAGAAAACAAAAAAAGAAGGAAAAGCAGGCGGAGGAAAGAGGACGACGAAGAGAGGUACAUUUUGAAGUUCAUGCACGGUCGCCGUUCUCGGAGUUUAGAGCUUGUACCAUUUGAUCCAGAGAUCGAAAGGACUUUUUAUCACUUACUAAGAGAGCAAACUAAGCAAGAAUUGAUUGACGAAAUGGCUCUCCCUAAUCCGGACGAGAACCGAACGUUGAUGGAGUAUUCCGCUCCUACUGUGACAACCUCACCGUCAUGCAUCGUUCGACCGGAAGUUGCUGCCAACAACUUCGAAUUGAAGCCGUCUUUCAUUCAAAUGAUGCCAUCAUAUUAUGGCUUGACUGCUGAAGAUCCUAACUUGCAUAUCAAUGAGUUCCUCGAGAUAUGUGACACUCUCAAGAUUCAUCAUGUGCCAAGUGAGGCUAUCAGAUUACGAAUGUUCCCAUUUUCCCUGAAAGAUAAGGCGAAGAAUUGGCUCCAUUCACUUCCAUCGAAUUCGAUAACAACUUGGAAUGAUUUGGCCAACAAAUUUUUGCAGAAAUUUUUCCCUCCUUCCAAGACUGCAAAGCUAAGGAACGAAAUAAUGACUUUUGCUCAAUUCCAAGGCGAGCCUUUCUAUGAGAGUUGGGAGAGAUUCAGAGACUUAUUACUAAAGUGUCCACAUCAUGGUUUGCCGGAAUGGUUGCAGCUUCAGUCUUUCUAUCAAGGUUUGAGCGCUGACAAUAAGCGAAUGAUAGAUGCUGCCAGUGGGGGUGUUAUAAUGACUAAAACUGUUGACGAGGCAUCUACACUUUUCAAUACCUUGGCUGCCAAUUCUCAAAACUGGGGAGGAGAAAGAGAACAACCAAAGAAAGCUGGCGUACAUGAGAUUGAUGCAUUUACGGCUAUGGCUGCCCAAAUUUCUAACUUAAAUAAGAAAUUUGAUUCUUUAAUGUCUUCUAAUCAGUCAAAAAUGGUUUCUAAUAUGUGUGAAAUUUGUGCAGGUCCACAUUCUAGUAUAAAUUGUCCUAUGAAGGGUUCAUUUCCGGAGUUCAUUGAAGAACAAGCCAAUCAAAUUGGAAAUUUUAAUCGCCAACAGUUUAAUCCAUUCUCUGACAAGUAUAAUCCUGGUUGGCGUCAACAUCCCAAUUUUGCUUGGAAGAACAAUCAACAAAUUCAAGUGAACCCAUCUCCACCGUUCCAGAAUAAUGAAGCCAAGAAAAGUUCAAUGGAAGAUAUGAUGGCUCAGUUGGCUCAAACUACCAACACUCUCGCUCAAAACACCAAUAAUUUUAUGCAAGCAACUCAAACUUCUCUACAAAAUCAGCAAGCAUCUAUUCGUAAGCUAGAGGAUCAAGUUGGGCAGAUUGCACAUGCAAUGGUUGAGAGGGAGAAGGGCAAGUUUCCCAGUCAAACUGAGAUUAAUCCAAGGAAUAUGGAGCAAUUAAAGGUUAUUACACUCAGGAGUGGGAGAACUAUAGAGACAAAUGGUGAAGAAAAUAGGACGUUGGUUGAAAAGUCUGAGAAUGUUGUCACCGAAGUACAAGAAAGUUUUAUGAAUUCAGGUGCUCAAGUGCCGAAUAUUGUUCCUCAUGCAUCAGAUUCUACACGUCUAGGCGAUUCGAUUUUGGAGAGGGUCAAUGUUGCGCCAGUUCCAUAUCCUCAACGACUUCAGAAGGCUAAGAAAGACCAAAACUUUUCUCAUAUCUUAGAGUUAUUUAAAAAAGUGAACAUUAACAUACCUCUACUUGAUGCAGUGAAACAAAUUCCCAGUUAUGCAAAGUUCUUGAAGGAUGCAUGUACGAACAAGAGGAGGUUUUUGGAGCAUGAAAAAGUAAUGCUUUCGGAAGAGUGUAGUGCUAUUUUACAAAAGAAGUUGCCACCGAAAUUGACCGAUACAGGGAGUUUUACGAUUCCUUGCACAAUUGGAAAAUCUUCUUUUGAAAAACCUUUAUGUGAUCUUGGUGCUAGUAUUAACUUGAUGCCAUAUUCUAUUUUUAAACAGCUAGGUUUGGGCGAAAUGAAACCUACUCUUGUGUCUCUACAACUAGCGGAUCGAUCUGUCACUUAUCCACGAGGCAUUGUCGAAGAUGUGUUGGUUCGAGUUGAUCAGUUAAUCCUACCUGCAGAUUUCUUGAUUCUUGAUAUGGAAGAAGAUAGAGAGAUUCCAAUUAUACUUGGUCGUCCAUUCUUAGCUAUUGCUGGUACAUUGAUUGAUGUCAAAAGUGGUUUACUUACUUUGCGAGUUGAAGACAAAGAAGUGGUGUUCAAAGUUUUUGAAGCUAUUAAGCAUCCAAGAGAGCAGGAAGAAUGUUUUAGUAUUGAUAUCUUAAAUCAGAUUGUGAGCGAGCAGUUCCGAGCACAACAUCCAACUGAACCUCUCGAAGCUUGUCUAGUUCAUUCAUCCAUUCCUAGAGUUGAAGUGGAAGAAGUUACUGAAAUUGUCAAUAUUCUCAAUUCUGCCCCUCCACAUAAUCUGCAUUGGAGACACCAUUACGAAGCUUUAGGACCUGCCCCAGUGAAAAUUUAUCCAUCUGUUGAAGUUGCACCGAAGCUAAGCUUGAAACAAUUGCCUACCCAUCUGAGGUAUGCAUUUUUAGGUGCUUCCGAGUCAUUGCCAGUGAUUAUUGCAGCCAAGUUAACUUCUCUCGAAGAAGAAAAAUUGCUUCGAGUACUCAGAGAUUACAAGACAACAUUGGGAUGGACUAUAGCUGACAUUAAAGGCAUCAGCCCAACCUUAUGUAUGCAUCGAAUUCUUCUUGAAGAAGACAGCAAGCCCAUUAUUGAGGCACAAAGGAGGCUCAAUCCACUUAUGAAGGAAGUUGUCCGAGCAGAAGUUCUCAAGCUUUUAGAUGUGGGAGUUAUCUUCCCAAUAUCCGAUAGUAAAUGGGUGAGUCCGGUUCAAGUAGUUCCAAAGAAGAAAGGCAUCACUGUGGCUAAAAAUGACAACAAUGAGUUAGUGCCCAUAAGACCGAAAACAGAUUGCCUAGGUAUUGAGGUUGAUCGAGCAAAAAUUGAUCUUAUUGAAAAACUUCUAGCACCUACAUCAGUUAAAGGAGUCCGAAGUUUCCUUGGCCAUGCGGGGUUCUACCGGCGAUUUAUUAAAGACUUCUCCAAAAUAGCCAAGCCUCUUAGCAACUUACUGCAAAAAGAUGUCACAUUUGAGUUCAAUUUGGAGUGUUUGUCUGCUUUUAACACUUUGAAGAAGCUUCUCACAUCAGCUCCUAUUAUUACAGCACCCGAUUGGAAUCUUCCAUUUGAAUUGAUGUGUGAUGCAAGUGAUGUCGUGGGAGCAGUUUUGGGACAGCGAAAGGACAAAUUACCUCAUGUUAUUUACUAUGCUAGUCGCACGCUAAAUGAUGCCCAGUUGAACUAUUCAACCACUGAAAAAGAGUUGUUAGCUGUAGUAUUUGCGCUUGACAAGUUUCGGUCCUAUCUUAUUUGUUCAAAGGUUAUUGUGUACACUGACCACGCUGCCUUGAAAUAUCUUUUAUCCAAAAAAGAUGCAAAGCCGAGACUGAUUAGAUGGGUACUUCUUCUCCAAGAAUUUGAUCUCGAGAUUCGAGAUAAGAAGGGGUCCGAAAAUGUGGUGGCAGAUCAUCUAUCUAGGAUAGUUCGAGAAGAAGAUGUUGAUAUCGUUGUGCCAUUCACUGAGACUUUUCCUGAUGAACAAUUGUUUGCUGCUAAACAUGGUGCAGUCCCUUGGUUUGCUGACUUUGCAAAUUAUUUGGCAAGUGGGGUGGUUCCGAAGGAUUUGAAUUUUCAACAAAGAAAGAAAUUCUUCUCUCUAGUGAAGCACUAUUUUUGGGAUGAUCCCUACUUGUAUAAGCAUUGUCCAGAUCAAAUCAUUCGCAGGUGUGUUCCUGAAGAUGAGCAGCAAAGUAUUUUGAACCAUUGCCAUUCAUAUGCUUGUGGAGGGCAUUUUGGAGCAACAAAGACAUCAGCCAAAGUUCUACAAUCUGGAUUCUUUUGGCCAACCUUGUUUAAGGAUUCUCAUGCAUUUGUUGUUGCUUGUGAUCGAUGUCAAAGGCUUGGUAAUAUCUCUCGUAGAAAUGAGAUGCCGUUGAAUAACAUUUUGAUAGUUGAGCUUUUUGAUUUAUGGGGCAUAGACUUUAUGGGGCCUUUUCCUUCAUCAUAUAAGCACAAAUAUAUUUUGGUGGCUGUCGACUAUGUUUCUAAGUGGGUGGAAGCCAUUGCCACACCAACCAAUGAUGCUAGAAUUGUUCUACGGUUUCUCAAGGCUAACAUUUUCACUCGGUUUGGAACACCAAGAGCGAUUAUAAGUGAUGGAGGUUCUCAUUUUUGUAAUAAACAGUUUAAAGCUCUUUUGGCCAAGUAUAAUAUCACUCAUAAGGUCGCUACGCCAUACCAUCCUCAAACUAGUGGCCAAGUGGAGGUGUUAAAUAGAGAGAUUAAGCGAAUUCUGGAGAAGACGGUGAAUGCAUCACGUAAAGAUUGGUCUCUUCGCUUAGAUGAUGCACUAUGGGCGUAUAGAACAGCUUACAAAACACCCAUUGGGAUGUCUCCAUACAGAUUGGUUUUCGGGAAAGCUUGUCACUUGCCAGUUGAACUCGAGCACAAGGCUUAUUGGGCAAUCAAGAAGCUUAAUUUCGAUUUUCAAGCAGCUGGACAGAAAAGGCUUUUGCAAUUAGAUGAGCUUGAGGAGUUGAGAAACGAGGCUUAUGAGAAUGCUCAAAUUUACAAGGAAAAAACCAAGCGUUGGCAUGAUAAAAACAUCCUGCGAAAAGAGUUCUAUGUUGGUCAGAAGGUGUUGUUGUACAAUUCUAGAUUGAAGCUUUUUCCUGGAAAGCUUCGUUCACGUUGGUAUGGUCCAUUUCUAGUAUUACAAGUCUUUCCUCAUGGGGCAGUUGAAGUGCAAAAUCUGGAGACCGGGAAUGCAUUCAAAGUUAACGGUCAACGAUUGAAACCUUAUUUGGAAGUCAACUUCGAUGCAAUGAAGAUUGACAUCCCUUUAUUUGAUCGCGCCUGA